GCGCUCGAUCAAUCAUGCACGCGAGGUUGAAAUUUGAAUAUCGAUUAUCGAUAAAUUUACUAAUAUAGUAGGACGCCCUCUACCGAUGUUUUAGCAUUUAGACGCGGAACCAUUAAAACAGAGAAUGUCUCGCUACCAGAGCAGCAGUCGUGACAGUCGCGACAGUCGGUCGUCUAAUCCAGAUUGCAAGGUCUACGUUGGUGGACUGGGAUCUUCAUUUGACAAACAUGACAUCGAAGAAUCGUUCAAAUCUUUUGGACCAUUGAGGCAUGUGUGGGUGGCAAGAAAUCCGCCAGGUUUCGCCUUCGUUGAGUUUGAAGAUCCUUUGGACGCGGAUGACGCCGUGAGAGGGCACAGAAAGCGAAUCUGUGGCCGUGACGUGACCGUGGAAAUGUCAAGCGGUGAGCGCAAGAAUCGUCGCUUCGGCGGCCCAGGGGGUUCCAGGCCCCCGCCCCGCCGCGCCAGCCGAAACGACAAGUGCUAUUUCUGCAGCGAUUACGGCCACUUUGCUCGGGAAUGCCCCAAGAACGACGGUAGAGGGGGUGGCGGUAGACGCUACAGCGGUGGUGGGGGUGGGGGUGGCGGCUAUGGGGGGCGCAGCCGAGACAGUCGUCGAUCCAGGUCUCGCUCUAGGAGCCGUAGUCGUAGCCGCAGCUACUCGCCACGUCGUCGGGAUAGCCGCAGCAAGUCCCGCAGUCGCAGCAGAAGCCGGUCCCAUUCGCAUCACCGUCGUAGUUCUUCUCACGAGAAGGAGUAGCGACUUGAAGCUUUGGCUGAGCCCUCUGGCCGAGCCCUCGGCCUCGGAGCAGCCUCCAAAACCAAAAAAA